AUGGCUAAUAGAAUAAUUAUUGAAGAUGUUACAUUUCAUGACAACCCUUCUAAAUUUACUGAUCAGAUAAAAUUAUCCAUAAAGUUUCAAACGGUAGAGAAUAUAGAACCAGGUACUAAGUUUGAGUUAGUAUAUGUUGGAGAUCCAUCCUCAAGAAAUUAUGAUCAGUCGCUGGAUACAAUAGAGUUUGAAGAUAUACCUGUUGGUAUUCAUACAGUUACAUUAGAAGUUAAUCAUCCUGAUGUGAAUAAAAUUCCACCUAAAGAUCUUGUUGGAGCAACAGCCAUAAUAUUAGAUUGUUAUUACAAAAAUCAACUUUUUUCGCAAACUUCGUGGUUUGUGAGUGUUGAAUAUACGGAUCCAGACCUUGUUGAAAACCCUCCAUUAACUCCUGUUAUUGAAAAAUUAUCGAGAACUAUUGAUACUGAUGACCCUAGGACAUGUCUUCAUACAAUAAAAUGGAGUGAGGUUGAUGACUUAUUGGUUAUCCCAAAUGUUCCAACAAAACCUGAAUCUGGUGAAGAUGAUGAAAUCGUUUUUUCUGCUGCUGAUUUUACUGAAGAUGAAUUAAAAAAAUUAGAAAAUGAAGCUGAAUUUUAUGAAUCUUCUGAUGAGGAUGAUGAGUCUAUUGAUCUCAGCGACGAAGACAUUUUGGAUGAGGAAGAAGAAAUUGGAAAUACAACCAUAGAUGAAAAUGAAGAAGAUGAAACUCCUAUGGAAAUGUAA